AUGACACUCGGACGAUUUGACAUGGAGAAGAGCUAUUGCGUGGAUGGAGCCGAUGAAACGGUCAAGGCAUGGGUGGUGAAGAGGAGGAAAGCAAGAAGGGUGGUCCACAUCGAAGUGGGCGGACAACAAGAUGGUUGGAUGGAUGAGUUAGUGGGGCUCGACACGGGCGUGAGGCGAGUUGAAGUAGAGAAUACGCACUUCACAGACGCCCAGAAUGAGAAUGGAAUAAUGUAA